AUGGCCCAAGACAAACGGCUCAUUCCUGCCCACAUAACUUGGUCAUCCUGGAGGCAGCUUGUGCGCGAGAUGCUGGAAUAUCCAAACAUAUACAGGCACAUGGACUAUCGCUUCUGGCACGGCGAGAUGCGUCUGAGCAGGCUCAACAAGAUAUUCUAUCUAUGGCAGACGCCGGGGAGAUACUAUUCGACGCGCUGGCAGCAGUACAGUACAUUCUUUGGCGAGACAUUUGCGUACCUGGCGGCCAUGACGGUGUACAUUUUGUUGGUCCUGACUGCCCUGCAGCUUGGAAUCUCGACCAAGCUGCUUGAGAACAGCGCGUCGUUUGACAGGGUCUCUGCGGGCUUUGCCGUCUUCUCCAUCGUUGGACCGUUUGGCGUCGCUUUUGGGUUGUUUCUGGUGUUCCUGUACUUUUUUGUUGACAACUACCGCGCAACUCUGCGCUUUCGCGAUAUGAGAUUGGGCAUCAUCAAGGACGGUUGA